AUGGGUUUCGCCGUUAAAGUGUUGUCCCAGUUUGUUAGGCGACAUAGUACCCUUGAAAAGAUACGUAAUAUUGGGAUUAUAGCUCAUAUCGAUGCUGGAAAGACUACUACCACUGAGCGUAUGCUAUAUUAUGCAGGUAAGACUGAUCGGAUAGGUAAUGUUGACCAUGGGGAUACAAUCACAGAUUUUCUUCCCCAGGAAAGAUCAAGAGGCAUUACCAUUCAAAGUGCAGCUAUAUCGUUUGAUUGGAGAAAUAGAGGGGAAAUUAAUUUAAUAGAUACGCCUGGACAUGCAGAUUUUAGUUUUGAAGUCAUUAGGGCUUUGAAAGUGUUAGACGGUUGUGUUACUAUUUUUGAUGCAGUAGCAGGUGUAGAAGCCCAAACUGAAAAAGUUUGGAAAAUGUCUAAACAGAUACCGAAAAUAUGUUUUAUUAAUAAGAUGGAUAGAGAAGGUGCAGGUUUUAGUAGAACCGUUAAAGAAAUAAUUAUGAAGCUGAGUACCAGGAUAGCUUUGGUAAAUAUUCCAUAUUUCUCAUUGAAUCCUCAAACUAGAGAACAAAAAUUUGAAGGUGUGAUAGAUAUAAUCAAUAAAAAAUUAAUAAAAUGGGAUAUUAAUGAUCCAGAUAGUGUCAACGUUGUGGAACUGGAUCCAAUUAAGGAUAAAUAUUUGUUCGAUCAAUUAUCUAAGGCAAGGGAAUCUCUCAUUGAGACUUUAAGUGAAUUUGAUGAUACUUUAGUAGAAACUUUCCUUGAGGAAGCAAAUGGUGAUUAUUUGAAAUUAUCAUCUUCAGUGAUAAAUAGAACGUUAAGAAACUUAACUCUUGAUAAUACCAUUACGCCAAUACUAUGUGGGGCUUCUUUCAAAAAUGUCGGUGUGCAACCAUUAUUGGAUGCCGUGGUAGAUUAUUUACCAUCGCCGAUCGAAACAAAGCUUCCAGAUAUCAAUAAAAAAAAUUUUGUUAUGAAAUUUGAUCAUUCCAAGGGGUUAAUAAUAAACAAUAAUAAUUCUAUGUGUGUUGCAUUAGCGUUCAAAGUUAUUACUGAUCCAAUAAGAGGUUUAAUGGUUUUCGUAAGGGUUUAUUCGGGGACCCUCAAAAAUGGAUUUACUGUAUAUAAUACAACUACUAAAAAACCAUUCAAGAUAGGUAAAUUGGUUAGGAUGAAUGCCGAUGUCCCAGAAGAGAUUAACCAUUUAAAUACUGGUGAGAUCGGUGUCUUAACAGGUAGUUCUAUUGAUGGUAAUGUAUCCACAGGGGACACUAUAAUAUCUCAUUCGAUGAAAAAAGAUGGAUUAAAGUCGUUCAAAAAAAACGAAGAAUUGACUUUAAAGAUUAACCCAAUAAGUGUACCUGAACCUGUCUUCACAGUGACCGUGGAACCAAAAUCCCUUGGUAAUAAGGAUUCUAUGGAGAAAUCAUUAAAGAGACUUGUCAUUGAGGAUCCAAGUCUUAGAGUUACCGUAGAUGAAGAGACAGGACAAACUUUACUUAGUGGUAUGGGUGAAUUGCAUUUAGAAAUUGCCGGAGAUAAGCUUGUGAAUACACUUGGUGCCAAAGUGGAAUUGGGUAAAGUCACGGUAUCAUAUAAGGAAACAAUAAAUGAAAACACUUCGGUGGAGAGUUACUCUGAUGACAAGGGAUAUAACUUUUCAAUAUCUUUAGAACCUUUGGAUGGUUCGGUUAAAGAUAUUUCCAAGCAGUCCAAUAAAGAGAUGUGGUAUUCAUUGGGUAGUGAUAAUAAUUAUUUAAUAAUGGAGAAAAAUGAUAAAUAUGAUCCAGAAAAUGAGUGGCUUUUACAAUUAACAUAUGAUUCAAUCGUCAAUUCGAUAGUAUCUAGUUCAAUUGUUGCGUUUCAAAAAGGUGGGAAAAUAUCUAAUUUUCCUUUACAUUCCUGUCUUGUACGUGUUCAUAGUAAUUGGCAAGUACCUAUAGAUGUUGAAAAACCAAGUGAGAUCCUUGAAAUAACAAGAAAUGUGAUAAUCAAAAGCUUAAACAAACUAGUUACUAAUCAAUAUUCAGUGUUACAACCAAUUAUGAGUUUGAAUAUAGACGUUGAUCCAAACGAUAUGGGUGUAGUUAUCCGUGAUUUGACAAGUGAUCAUGAUGCCAUCAUCCUAUCUAUUGACGAUCGUGAUAGCGUCGAAAAAGCUGAGGACAAUUUAUUGUUUAAUAAAAUUGCUGAAAUGCAAUACUUACCUGAUGACGUAACUUUGAAUUUGAUGAAAACUUCCACCGGUAAUGAAAGUUCAAAGCACAUCAAAGCUGAAGUGCCAUUAAGAAAGAUGAUUGCAUAUAAUAAGAAACUGAGAAGUCUUACUCAAGGAAGGGCGGAUUUCCAGAUGUAUUUUGAGAAAAUGGAAAGAGUAACCUCAGAUCAUUUAAAGGAGAUUAUUGACGAUCUAUGA